CCGGAGAGUAAAUAAGAAAUGGAUUGCUGGAAUUCACUUGGAGGUGGAGCUGCUCAUGGGAAUCGUAUCGUGACAAGACAACGGGGGAGGGAAAUGCAAAAAAAGCGCGUUACAAACGGAAGAUGACGCAAAGACUUGCCGAUUCGUCAGGUCGUUGGAUCCUUUGGGGGGGGAUUGUUGACUCGGGUAAACGAAGGGAUAUGGAACGAGGCAAGCAACUUGGUAGAAGAAGGAAGAAGGCAGAAGGCAGAAGGCAAAAGACGCAACAAAGACGGACGAACAGCUGGAACGACAAUGGAAUGGAAGAAUCGAAGACUAGGUGAGACACACCAACACCAGCGGACCAACGAG